AUGUUUGUCAGAGCCACGCAAAGAAAUAGAGUCACCACGUCGGUGUUCAGCUCCACUUUUGCCAUAUGUUUUCUUCUAGUCGGUGCCAAUUCGGUGCUCCCGUGCCCUGUUGACUCCGUCCACGGCAACGACUCUGUCGUCGACGAGCGCCUAAACCGGCCCGAAAAGAAAACGUCCGGAAAAGACGUCUGA